AUGACUACAAAAACUGACAUUGAAGAAUUCAUGGAUGGGCCACUGGUCACCUGGUUUCGGUCUUGUCUCCAUGAUCCAGAUAGUCUAUCAGAUUAUGAUGAUCUAGUUGACGGGGUGCUCAUUUUUGAAGUUUUACUUUUAAUCGAUCCUGAACCAGUACAUCAUGGGGUGAGCCCAAGUUUGGGUAAUCCAGGGGUUAGAAUGAAAAACAUUGAAUGUAUAAUUAAGAACAUCAAAGCACUCUAUGAGGAAGAACUUUGUCAGUUGGUGUUAGUUCUGCCUGACGUUACUAUUAUUGGUCGGGAGCCGGCUGGGAAACAAGGGCUCGAAGAAAUGAAACUACUUCUUCUUUUACUCUUAGGUUGUGCUGUUCAAUGCCCAAACAAGCAAGGCUUCAUAGAAAAAAUCAAAGCUCUUCCACUUUCAGCCCAGCAUUCUUUAGUAAACUUUAUCUUACAGGUUACUGAAAGUCAAGAGCUUGUAUUAACUCAAGAAGGAAGUGAAAAUGUUUCUAAUGAAAUACUUAUUAACCACAUCAAAAGACUGGUAAAGCAGAGAGAUUUAUAUAUGCAGUUACAACCAACUCUAGAUGAUAAAAAAGGUUCAACCAGUGGAAAUUCUCUUAGAGGUUCUGAAUCCCAACAUCUAGCAGUUGAGCUUGCCGACUGGAAAGCCAAAUUGCGAAAACAACGCCAAGAACUGGAAGAGAAGUCAGAAACAUUAUCUGAAGCAAAAGAAGAACUUGAGUAUAAUAAAUCUCUUGUAUCCAAACUGAAGAAUGAAAUAACUGAUUUAAAGAGUGAAGUUAGGGUUUGUAAAGCAUAUCGAGAUGAAGCUGAUGCUUUGAGGGAAAGAGCUGAACGAGCUGAUAGGCUAGAAGCUGAAGUGGCUCGAUAUAAAGAGAGACUUGCAGAUCUGGAUUAUUACAGGUCACGAGUUGAAGAACUAAGAGAAGAUAAUGUUGUUCUUGAAGAAACCAGGGAGAUGUUGGAAGAACAACUUGGAAGGGCUAGGGCUCGGGGAGAAGCUUCCACUGAGCUUGAACAAGAGAUUCUGAAACUGAAGCAGUCUAUUAACGAUUUAUCCCUUGAAAGAGAAGCACUUCAAGAAAAACUUCAAACACUUUUAGAGGAGAAUGCUAGGCUGGCACUGAUAAGCAAAUCAUUCAACCAAGAUAAUUCAAUGGUUGAUAUAGAUCAUCUUGAAACUUGUGUUAGUGAAGGUGACAACAGUUUGUCUGAACAACUGAGCAGCAAUGCUCAAGCCCGUGCCUUAAGACUAGAAUUGGAAAAUAGGAGGCUUGCAUCUACUGUUGAAUCUCUUCAAGAAGCAGCAUUAACUCAAACAAACCAAAGAAUUUUACAAUUAGAAAAGGAGAAGAAAAAACUUUCUCUUCAGGUAGAAGAACUAGAAGAAGGUAAAAGAAAGUUAGUUUCCCACUUGUCUGAUCUUGAAGCCACUGUUAAAAACGCUCAAAGAGACACAAAGAAAAUGCAAGAUAUAAGGGAUUCUCUACAAACUCAACUUCAGGCACGAGUGGAAGAUGUUGAUAGAUUGGAGCGAGAAAAGAGUCGAUCUGAACGUAGGCUAGCUGAAACUGAAGAAUUAUUAGCAAAAGUAAAAGAAGAAUCUGAAGAAAAUCUGACUGAAGCAAGAUCAAAGGUUGCUGCUUUGGAACGGGAUGUUACUAGACUCAGGCAAUCAAUAGCUGUUAAAGGAGAUGAACUCGACAAAAUACAGUGUGAUGUUGAAAAUCUUAACAAAGAGAAGCUUCAGAUGUCCAAACAAAUAGAAGAAAAUAAUAAUCAGAUAUCAAGGCUUCAUGAAGUUGAAAGAGAAUUUCGAGAACUAGAAAGCCGUUACGAAAUUGAUAGAGCAACAUUAGCUGCCUUACAAAAAGAACUGAUUUCAGAAAAACUCAGCACUCAAGGACUCAAAACAAGCCUUGAACAAUUAGGUCUAGCACUUGAUCAGCUAUCAGAUCCCGAAGCUGCUAUUGAUAGAAUAUUGUCGAGUCCUGAAAUCUUGAAGGCAGUAAGGGAAAGACUUGGUUCAAGAGAAGAAACAAGUCCAGAACAGAGCGCUCAGCUAGAAGUGGAAGUAGCGACGCUGCAAUCUCAAAUUGCAUCACUUCAGUCCCAGCAUACAGCUUUACAAUUAGCCAAUUCUCAAUUGGCUGCUGAAAAAGAAGAGUUACAAAAAGAAAUUGAAAGUGUGCGUUCCGAACAGCAUCAAAUGUUAGUUGAUCAGCUAACUCUUCAAAGCCUUCAUGAAGGUUUAACAACUGAGUAUGAAACAUUGGCCCGUGAACGAGAUGCUCUUAAGGUUGCUGUUAAAGAAGGAAGAACUGAAACUAGAUCUAUUAGGGAAAAGGCAGAAAGCCUGAAAGGAGAACAUUCAAAACUGAAGGAAGAUUUCAGAAACCUAUUUACAGCUAGUGAAAAGUUAAAGACUGAAUAUAGGACAGCCCAAGAAGAAUAUAAAAAUAUGAAGGCAGAAGUAGCCCGUGGUGAUGAAUUAAGGGAAGAACUUCACGUGAUGUCUGAAAGGAUAAGGACUCUUGAAAUACAGAUUUCAAAAUUGCAUAGUCAAUGUGAGAUGUUGAAACAAGUCAAAGCAAAUCUUGAAGAAGAUAGAAGAUCUUUAAUGGAACACGUCACCCUUCUUCUUGGCCAAUAUCAUGAACUAUUAACUCAUUCCCUUGAAGACAAAGAACAUUACCACAUGGAAGAAAAAAUAUUCACUGACAAAUUAAAUAACCUCUGCCGUCAAAAAGAGAAAUUAGAGGAAAAAAUAAUGGAACAAUAUAGGAAAAUGGACAGUUGUCCUUCAAAGAAAAAAAGUUUUGGGGCUAGUUUAGUGAGAAGAGUUAGAAAAGCUGGUUCUGAUCUAAUUAGUAAGAGCCGGCGAUCUUGGCAUGAAGAUGGUAUCAGGAGAGGUAGCACAGUUGGAGCUGGCACUGAUUCAGAUACCAGUCUUGAAGAAGGAAGGAAUCGGCAAGAGGUAGAUUUGGUUUUGGGAAAUCCAGGGAGUAGGAGAACUGUAUAUCUAUCUGCAGAUGAAAACUCGGCAUCUGCUAACGACCAAGAUGAAAACAAAAGUCAUAUUUCUGAAGUACCAAGAUCUUCAACACCUCAAGAACAACCACCACCUGUGAUAGUUUAUAACAGGCUGAGUGUAGGAGCUCCAGCCAGCCCUUCAACCACUCCAUCUCGUCGACAUUCUACUAGAGAAAAAACUGACAUGUGGUAUGAAUAUGGUUGUGUUUAA